AUGAAGGCGGCCUUCCUUCUCCUUGCGGCGGUAGCCUCCGUCUCCGCGCACUCCACCUGGCAGGAUAUGUGGGUGGGCAGCGAAGACAAAGCGACGACGUGCGCCCGCACAGUCAAGGACAACAACCCGAUUACCUCGCUCACGUCCGCUGACAUGUUCUGCGGCCGAGGGCCCGCCGCUUCCUCAGGCAUCUGCGAAGUCGCCGCCGGCAGCUCCCUGACCGUCGAAAUGCACGCCCAGCCCGGCGACCGCAAGUGCGCUAAUGCGGCCAUCGGCGGCAACCACUACGGCCCGGUGCUCAUCUACAUGGCCAAGGUCAGCGACGCGAAGACAGCCACCUCCGGCUCUUUCUUCAAGGUCGCCGAGGACGGAUACACGGGCACGACCGCGUCGUGGGGCACCGAGAUCCUCAACGCCAACUGCGGAAAGCGCGCCUUCACGGUGCCCAAGUCGCUUGCGUCCGGCGACUAUCUCGUCCGCGCCGAGGCGAUCGCGCUGCACGCCGGCGCCGGGCAGCCCCAGCCGUACGUUACCUGCUUCCAGGUCAAGGUCACUGGCGGCGGCAGCGCGACCCCGAGCGGCGUGUCGUUCCCCGGUGGUUAUAAGCUCAGCGACGCGCUCUUCACCAAGGCCAUCUACGACUCGUCGUUCAAGUACGUCAGCCCCGGCCCUGCUGUCUGGACCGGUUAG